AUGCGCGGAUCGCGCGCUCGCUGGUCGACCUGCCUCUAUCCGACCGCGCCCACCUCCUCCCAGACGGGGGCCUCCGGCGUGUCUUCCGCCUCCGGUGGUGCGGCCCCGUCCACGUCAUCGUCUGCUGGUGCCACCGGCGGCCGAUCGUGCGCAGCGUCUGUGCGACGUGCGCCUGGUCCACGUCCCAGGACUGCUGCCACUCGCACCGGGGAUGGAGGUGUCGGUAUGGCUGGUGGCGCCGGCGUCGGUGUUGCUGACGGCUGCGCCGGGCGUAGCUGCAGCAACAACUACGGCUGUCGCUGCAGCAACGGCGGCGGUGGUGUCGGUGGCAACGGUGGAUGCGUCGGCAGUAACGGCGGCAGCGGCAAUGGCGGCUCCGCCAACGGCAAUGGCGGCUCUGCCAACGGCAGUGGCUGCGGCUGCGCCGGCGCUUUUUGCGGUGCCCAAAACGCCUCCUCCUCCUGCCACGCGGCCUGGGCCGCGACUGUCUUUUGA